AUGGUACGAUCUCGUGGUGGAAGAUAUUCUCUAACUUGGAGACCUCGCAUCUAUGAGCAUCCGAAUAAUUUUCAAAAAUUUAAUCGAUGGAUUGAAAGAAAUGAUCAAUCAAAACAUUUUGAUUUACUCUCAAGAUAUGUGCCUUACAGUUAUUGUUCUCGACUUGCAAGAUUGUGGAUUUUGAAAGAUAUAAAAAACACGACCGACCCGGAAAAACCGAUAAAACAUAUUCAAAGUGAUCCGAAUGGACAGAACGCAACGGAAUGGCCAGAAGAGGGCUCUCAAAAACUACGAGAACUUCCUAUGGAUGCAAAAGCCUACAUUAUUUGCUUUGUAUCUACCAAGAGCAUGGUUACAAAAUCUUACAAUAUUUAUUCAUCCAUUUUGGAUCCCAAACAACUGGAAGUCAUCGAUCCAUGGUGGCUCAGUUAUUUUAAACAUCGUAUCAUUUGUCAAGAUGUCAAACAAGUUUUAGAAAAUAUUAUUGCCACACGAAUUUCAAGUGAAGGAUUGGAUCUUUCAGAUUUCGUGACUUUCAACAAGCAUUUCAUGAUAUUAAGCUUGAUAGGAGCACAUCAAGAAUUAAUGACUCUUGGAAGUAUUGAAAAAGGAUUUAUUUCUUACGAAUCAGUGGCCAGUGCAUUAAAAGAAGCAGACACAACAGCCAUUGAAUAUGCCUCUUCCUUUCAAAGUGAUGAAGAAUAUGAAGAAGAAUAUGAAGAAUCCUCAGAAAACAAGCUCAAUGAAGAUGAGUUGAUGUUUGAUAUUUUACAAUGUGAGAAUCGUGAAUUUGAAAAAGAGUUUGUCACUUUGACCACUCAUUUUGAAAUCGGAACUGUUGAAAAGCCUAUUUUAAGAAAACAUGAAAAUCGUAUCCAUGCAAAUAUCACCAAGAUGUUAUCGAUAUUUCGCAACACAAUCGACCUGUAUAGAAAUGUUUAUUCUCCUAAUUAUUUUGGAGAUGUAUUUCAAAGACAUCAUCAUCGAGAGAAUCAUUUUAUUCACACGUUAAUUGUUCCCUUAACAGGUCACAACAUACAAUUCGUUGAAAUUCUGUUACAAGAUUUGAAAGGUCUAAAGAAUUUGACAUUAUUGGUGUACUAUCCAAGAAGUAUUCACACAAUUUUCGCACAAUUAUGGGAACAGAAAUGCCGUUUGCCAAACAUUGAAACUUUGAAAAUUGUUAAUCUUAAUAGAGGCUACAUCAGUCAUGAUGGUUUAGAGAAAAUGCUCCUUGUGUGUGAAAGAUUAAGAAAGCUAUAUAUUGAGGGUUUUGAUACCUCUCGCUUCACUAUUCUAAAACAACCAGAGCGCGCCUUUGAACUACAUAUUGACAACAUCAACGCUUCUUCAUUGGAGAGGAUGAUGCAAACAUAUGCUAAUAUUGAACCUUGUCAGGUCGAUGGAUCCAGUUUGUUGAGAGCAAUAUUUAUUGAAAGUGAAAGAUCAUUAUUGGAAAAGAAAGAUAUGUUACACGUUGUUUUGAAGAGACAUUCAUUGGAACACUUUAAUUGGGCCCUAAAUAAUGAUAUACAAACAAAUUCCACCUAUUUACCACUUGUACAAUAUGCUCUCUACCUGAAUAAUCGAUAUUCGAAUUGUAGCUUUGGAAAGCUAUGUCCGUCAGAUUUUGCAUUGUCUUGUAUUCAAUACGGGCAUGAUAUUAUGAACAAUAUAUUUGAUACCAUUCCACUGUUACCUUCGGAGCUUGCAGAACAAGUUAUUAAUAUUUUUCUCAAAGAGAGAUUAAUGACUGGACAACUUAUCCUCACAGUCGAAAAAUUUAGAGAAUUGCUGUUAAAUAUUCUUGGAAACUUGAUGAUUGGAACAUUUCUACCUGCAUUUUCUUCCUUAAGAGGAUUUGUGAAAGACAUUGAUCAGUUAUUCAAGAACUUUGAGGUCAAAAAAUAUCAUCGUAUUCAACAAUUUAAUUUAUUUCAUCACCUAUUGUUUUUGCAAAUGCCAACCUUUGUCGUUGAUUAUUUAAUGGAUUAUAUACUACCUGAAGAUUUAUUGGAAAUUACAUCAGUUCCAGUGUUGCUGUUGGCUAUGACUUCGACAAGUAUUUCUGAUGAGUGCAUUGUGAAAAUGAUCAAGAAGCAACCACUUAUACUGAACCAAAAAGCGAAAGGAAGUAAUCUCACUGCAUUGCAUUUGGCGUGUAGCGAUUGCAAGAGAUGGAAUUUGAUCCCGCUUUUGGUUAAUGAAUAUCAUGAAGAUAUCAAUGCUAAAGAUGCCAAUGGCAACACACCUUAUGAUUAUGCACGAUCUCAAUGUGACGGCUUUGAAACAGUCAUACCUGCUUGUCUGAAAGCAGAGCAGCCAAUCCAAUAA